CUCACGAAGGUGAGAUCACGAUCGAAUCUCGACGAAACCGGUCGCGCCCAUGCUGUAGGCCUCACGAUGAAUGCCUCUGGCAAAAUGAGCUAGAGAUGAAGUACUCGGUCCAGGGUUUUGACGUUGUCCAUCGUAUAAAAACUUUCGAAGAGCGCGGCUUCUUCGACUCCGACGACGUACACCACGCCGUAUCGACCUAGUUCAAAUCAACAGCGCACCAGAACACUUCAGUCUUUCUUUGUGACUGCACUUACCUGGGAUCUUCCUUACCCAUCCUUCCCAAGCAUCGACAACAUGUCAACUGACGACCUCCCCUCAAACAUCGUACCUCUGGAAUCAGGUCUCAACCUCCGAUUCUACGAGGCCGUUCUCUUCCUUUAUUGCCUGAAGGAAGUCAAGUACAAGGCGGAGAGCGUCAAGGAGCCCGAUCUCGAGUCCGAUAGUGGGAGAUCCUCGAGGGAUAGUUUUCGAUGCUUCGUCAACAAGCUCGGCCAGAUAUGCGACAACGGUUCGAAAGGCAAGACUGUUACAGCAUUCGCUGUCCUGCAGCCUGGCCAGAUUCAAUAUCGAUUUGCAUCCAACCAGCGGACUAGCGAGGAGCUUGAAGAUGUCAAGACCUAUAUCGCCAACAUUCUUGGGUUCUUGGGCAGCGCUGCUGACGACCAAUUGAACGGGGUGUUCGGUACGGUUCUCGAAAGGAUCCUGGCGUUCAAUCGACCUGCCAUCGAGAAGUACGUCGAUAAUUUAUUUCAAGUAACGGAUUUCUGUGCGGGGGUCUGUGAAAAGGGGGAUACUGCAGAAGCUCGAGAAGCUGCUCGUCAUAUCAAUUCUCUUAAGAAGCUUUGCGCAUCAGCACAAGAAGAAGAGCCGAGUCUGGAGAGCUUCGUAAGCCAAACACGGGAACUCCUGGAUACCAUAGGCCAGCUUCACAACUCCUUCUUCGAAGGCUUCAUACGCGACAAGGCCCAAGCAGACAGGGACCCCGCUAACAAGACACCCUGGAGCGAGUUGCGGCACGCCUUUGGCCGUCUUCACUCCUAUACCAUUGCCGUCAAGGUGCUCAUCUCCAUGCGACGUCGGCGCCGGGAGCUGUUUGAAGACUUCGAGGUCGUAGCUGUCCCAUCCAGUGUUCGAUCUGGCUGCCCGAACGUCCGUCGUGCCGUUGACGGCAUCUUGAAACGGUUUCCAGAGAAAAUGAAAAUGGCCGAAGUAUACAAUGCCAAUCUCCCGGAAGAGCAGCAGAAGGCCAUGACAGACAAAAUCAAGGCAUACGGGACAGGAAGUAAGGGCAAGUUUAGGCCGUACGUGCAUGCCGAAUUGCUGCUGUUGGACUCAAUUCUCACUGAGGAACAGCGCGAGGGUGUAACACUGCGCUUCUUCGGUGAGGCAGACUAUGAUCGCUAUAUUGGUUGCAGCAAGCCCACUUGUCGGCUGUGCAAGCUGUAUAUUGAUAGUCAUCCGAGCGGAGUGGAAUUCCGGGGUGGUCAUGGGAACAUCUACCAUGCGUGGCGCGCACCGGAUAUCUAUAACGAAGACGGUGUCAAUGUCGCUGAAGCAAUAAGGACAAGGCAGGAUAUCCAUAAUAAGAUGUUGGAGACACUGAGGCAGACGAUUAAGAGGUGGAUUACUGGUCAUGUGGCCGAGAGGAAGCACCACGAUUCCAACUCGAGCCCAACAAGCUACAUCGGAGCGGGAAGCUCGACUUCUUACAACCCACACCUCGCAGCACAGGCUUUUCCCGAUAGCAUGGACAGCAUCUCGACGAGGGGGGCGAUGGAUGACUCGGAUGAUAUGGCGACUGCAUUCGGAAGGAUGUCGAUUGCCGGUGAUAGUGGUCGGUCUUCGUCUUCGCCAUCAAUCAGCAGAAGCUCGCAGGAAACGACUCCCGUGCCGGAGCGUAACGUCGGUUCCCCUUUUGCAUCGUCUGGCGACCUGAAGCCUUCGAUCAACAGAAGACAGCGCCCUCUGAUCAUCGAGGACGAGGAGUAAGAGGUCAGAUUGGGCGUGAGAUUGGGCCGCUAGAGAAGGUUUGAGUCCAGAGGCGGUGAUGGAACAUGGGCGUGGGCUUUCGUUGGUGUUGGAUGCUGAAUCGGGUUUGUCUGCAAUCUCCUUAGGCUGUCAGCUCAUUUGUUACA